UUCUAAAGCAGAGCAUACACGGUCAAUAAAACUGACAGUAGGUAUUGAUAAAAGUACUGAAGGUGCCCUUCUUCAGUAUUUUCUGUGAUUACACGAUCAUUAUUACUGAAAGUAUUACUGAUGUUCGUUUAAUUCACACGGUCAUUAUUACUGUCAAUAUUAUUCGUCAGUUCCCGCUUUCCAUCCUUUAGUAGAUAACUUAACAUGGAUAGAGCCUGUUUGGCAAUAGUUAUAGCUUCUGCUGUUGUAAAAAAAAGAAAAAAAAGAAGAAUAUGGGUUAAGGAUUGGCUGUUGGAAAGAGACAGGUACACCCAUUUAAACCUAUUGAAUGAAAUAGUAGUUAAAAAUCCUGCAGAUUUCAAAAAUUAUUUUCGAAUGAGUGAAACAACGUUUUUAACUUUAUUGGACAUGGUUUCACCUCAUAUUAAAAAGCAAGACACUAAUAUGAGACAAAGUAUCAGUCCAAAAGAGCGACUCGCUGUUACUUUGCGAUACCUGGCGACAGGAAGAAAUUUUGCUGACCUCAAGUUCUCAGCAUUGAUUUCCCCAGCAGCAAUUAGUUCAAUGAUAAUUGAAACAUGUGAAACUCUCAUCUAUGUGCUUCGAGAUUAUAUCAAGCUUCCCUUAACAGAAGAGGAAUGGUUAUUAACUGCAGCAGAAUUCAGCAAGAACUGCCACUUUCCUACUUGUCUCGGAGCUCUUGAUGGAAAGCAUAUCGCCAUAAAAAAACCGGCUAAUACCUCCUCUCUGUAUUAUAAUUAUAAAGGACACUUUAGCAUUGUUUUAAUGGCAUUGGUCAAUGCAAAUAAGGAAUUUAUAAUGGUGGAUGUAGGAGCUAAUGGUAGGAUCUCCGACGGUGGGGUCCUCUUUUAUACAAAAUUUUGGGAUUUGUUUCUAAAAAAGCAAUUGCAUAUUCCACCUCCCACAAAGUUACCAGGUUCAGAGGAUUAUUUUCCUUACGUUUUUGUGGCAGAUGAGGCCUUUGCUUUGCACUGCAACCUUAUGAAACCAUACCCUCAAAAAAAAUGUACAAAGGAGCAAGAUACUUUCAAUAAACGACUGUCCACAGCUCGAUGUGUAGUCGAAAAUGCCUUUGGCAUUCUCGCAUCAAGAUUUGGUGUGUUUCAAAAGCCAAUAAAUCUUGGUCCUGACAAAGCAACAAAAAUUACACUAGCAUGCUGCUAUCUGCAUAAUUACUUAAAAAAGGAAUCUCUAAACUUUAGUGCACAAAACGAAAUUGAAAGCAUAGAUGUAGGGGCUAGUCUUCGUGAAGAACAUAGUAGGAAUGCAAGCGACGCAAAAUCCACAAGGGAUAAAUAUUGUACAUAUUUUAAUCUUACAUAAUAAUUUGUCAUAAUACUUUUGCAAAUGUUAAUUUUUUAUUUCAAAAAAUUUAAUACUGAAAUUUAUGGUAAAAACCAAACAAUCAAAAUCAUACCUGUUCCUCUUCCUCGUUUUCCACAUCAAUCGACGAGUGGGUUUCGAAUGGCUGCUCGAUUUUAUCAAGAAAUUGAAGAGCAUAAAAUACCCAUGACGACGGAGUGUAAAUGUCUUCGGUACCACAUCCAGACCUUUAAUAACAUAAUAAAUUCAUUUCAUAUUUUCUUUUUUAUAUAAUUAUUAUAAAAACAACUAUACCUAAUGCCUAAAUAAAAUUUUACUAAGAAAAUCAAAA